AUGCGAUCAGGAAUGAGGAGUGUUCGAAAGCGCUGCGCUGUCGUGUGUGUGCGCGCGCGCCCGCGACACUUUCAUCGUUUGCCCGCCGCCUCCCAGGAUGUCGUUUCGUCGGUCACGAAUCGAAUUGCCGCCGCCGAGUGCCUGUUCUUCCCGCGUGUCUUGGCUGCUCGCUUACGCGUCGGGAAAACAGAUAGACGGACCGUGUACGUAUCGCGAAGAUCUGUCCAUCUCUAUCCGCGAUGCCGCCGCCGCCGCCGCCGCCUCCGUCAGGGUAGUACCUCGUUCGUCGCGACAGACACCGUAAAGCCUGCUUGGCGAGGUUCUUCAUCGCCGCCGCCGUCACAUCGCCGUGUAUGCCCGUCUAACGCGGUGGUGAUGCUGCUGGUGGAGAGCCCGGGGACGUCGAACGUCUGUUCGUCCAUCACCCGCCGCCGCCGCCGCCUUCGCAGGCUCCUGCCACACUUUCGGUCCGCUACUAACGGGUCUAUUCUCCACGCAAUUCUUAGACGUCCAGUCACCGUCUCGGCGCAGUCGAAAUCGCCCUCGUCCGUCCGCCGCCGCCGCCGCCCUUUUUUUGUCUACCACCAUCUGGCUGGCCUUCGUCGCGAGACACGCGGCCACAGCUCGUCGGUGAAAUGGCGACCUCUUCCCGGAACACUAGCUCGUUCGACCGGUGCUGGUGAACGUCUUCGUUUCCGUUUGUUAUUCGCUCCUCCUUCGCGUCCCCGUAGCCUUCUCGUCUCUCCUUCGGCUAUCACCGACUUCGUGUCUCUCACGCCGGCGCCGUGUGUGGACGACGCGAAAGACCGUUCCGUCUUCGCCGUUUGCCGUUGGCGAGGAGACGAACGCGCGCACGAAAAAGAACGAUACCUGGUUGAUCCUGCCAGUAGUCAUAUGCUUGUCUCAAAGCUUAAGCCAUGCAAGUGUAAGUUCACGCCACGCAUUAGAACGGGCGAAACCGCGAAUGGCUCAGGAACCGGACCUAAUCCUCGGGACCGUAAUCCUCCUCGGAGGCGAUGGAUAACUGUGGCAAUUCUAGAGCUAAUACAUGUGACACAGGCCGCGAUCGGUCGGCGCGUCGCCGUCGCCUGCGUGCCGUCACGCGCGUGGGCACCCGCGUCGACCGUUACGGCGGCGGUCGGCGGCGGCGUUUCGCGGCGGGGCCAAAGGGCGGCGCGCUCCGCUUUGGUGACUCUGGAUAACUCACUGGUCGAUCGCACUGGCUUUCACGCCUGGCGACGGGUCUCUCGAGGGUCCGCCCUAUCAACUGUCGACGGUCGGUUAAGUGCCUACCGUGGUUACUACGGGCCCCGCGAUCGGAAUGAGUACACUUCAAAUCCGUUAACGAGGACCAACCGGAGGGCAAGUCUGGUGCCAGCAGCCGCGGUAAUUCCAGCUCCGGUAGCGUAUAUUAAAGUUGUUGCGGUUAAAAAGCUCGUAGUCCGAACUCGGGUUCGUGGUCGCGUUCGCGGCCCCGGGGGGCGGCGGCGCCAUCGUCCGUCGUUGACUUUGGUCGUCCGUGCGCAUUCCCGGCCCUUUCCGCCGGUGUCAACCGCUUGCACAUCCGCCACGCGGUCCUGCCGGCGAAGUUACGCGGGGAGUAGUAGGUGUUUCCGGCGGCGGCGCCGGGGUCGUUCCGGCGCGCGCGGUCAAAAGGCGGUGCGGUCCAACGCGGCGUUUCUCCCUGUCGGCGGCGGCCGGCCGGCGGCGUUCACUCGUCGUCUGCGUCGCCGUCGUCGCCUAAAAAGGGCGUGCGUCGCGUCGCUCCGUCUCGCGUUGUCGCCGCGGGCUUCCCUGCCGCUGUUCUUUCCGCGCGGCGGUGGCCUCCUCUUCCCCUCUCGUCCUCCAGUCUACCCUCGGGCCCUGCUCUACCUACCUCCGCGUCUAAUCUUCGCGUCUGUUUUGCGCGCGUGCGCGGUCGGCGGUUUCUCCUCCAAGGGUGCUCUUGACCGAGUGUCCGCGGCGGCCGGUACGUUCACUUUGAAAAAAUUAGAGUGCUCAGAGCGGGCUGUUCAAGCUUGCAUACGAUAA